CUCCCGUUCCUGUGGUGGAACGCGGGCUAGAGUGGACGGGUACGGGGGCCCGGAGGACCUGACCGAGGGGGGCUCUGGUGUCCUCUCUGUCUCUCUCUCUGUGUCCCCUGCCGGGCCCCGUAGUUUCCCCCACCCCCCUCUUUUCCUUCCCCGCGAAAUGGGGUUCCUCAAGCUGAUCGAGAUCGAGAAUUUCAAAUCGUACAAGGGGCGGCAAAUCAUCGGUCCUUUCCGGCGCUUCACGGCCAUCAUCGGGCCCAAUGGAUCUGGCAAAUCAAACCUCAUGGAUGCCAUCAGCUUUGUGCUUGGUGAGAAGACCAGUAAUCUGAGAGUCAAGACUUUGCGGGAUCUAAUUCAUGGAGCUCCUGUCGGAAAGCCGGCUGCCAACCGGGCAUUUGUCAGCAUGGUCUACUCUGAAGAUGGUGCUGAAGAUCGCACUUUUGCAAGGGUCAUCGUGGGAAGCUCAUCAGAAUACAAAAUAAACAACAAGGUGGUACAGCUGAGCGAAUACAGUGAGGAGCUGGAGAAACUGGGCAUUCUGAUCAAAGCUAGAAACUUCCUGGUCUUCCAGGGCGCAGUGGAAUCCAUUGCCAUGAAGAACCCCAAGGAACGCACAGCCCUCUUCGAGGAGAUCAGUCGCUCAGGGGAGCUGGCCCAGGAGUACGACAAGCGCAAGAAGGAGAUGGUCAAGGCUGAAGAGGACACACAGUUCAAUUACCACCGCAAGAAGAACAUUGCUGCUGAGCGCAAGGAGGCCAAGCAAGAGAAGGAAGAGGCGGAUCGGUACCAGCGCCUGAAGGACGAGGUGGUGCGAGCCCAAGUCCAGCUGCAGCUGUUCAAGCUGUACCACAACGAAGCUGAAAUUGAGAAGCUGAACAAGGAGCUGGGCUCCAAGAACAAAGAGAUUGAUAAGGACAAGAAGCGCAUGGACAAAGUGGAGGACGAACUCAAGGACAAGAAGAAAGAGCUGGGCAAAGUGAUGAGGGAGCAGCAGCAGAUUGAGAAGGAGAUCAAGGAAAAGGAUUCUGAGCUGAACCAGAAGCGCCCCCAGUAUAUCAAGGCCAAGGAAAACACAUCCCAUAAGAUUAAAAAACUGGAAGCUGCCAAGAAGUCCCUGCAGAAUGCCCAGAAGCAGUACAAGAAGCGCAAAGGUGACAUGGAUGAGUUGGAGAAGGAGAUGCUGUCUGUGGAGAAGGCCCGGCAGGAGUUUGAGGAGCGCAUGGAAGAGGAGAGCCAGAGCCAAGGCCGGGAUCUCACCUUGGAGGAAAAUCAGGUGAAAAAAUAUCACCGGCUAAAAGAAGAGGCCAGCAAGAGAGCAGCUACCCUGGCCCAGGAAUUGGAGAAGUUCAACCGUGACCAGAAAGCAGACCAGGACCGGCUAGAUCUGGAAGAGAGGAAGAAAGUCGAAACCGAGGCCAAGAUAAAGCAGAAAUUGCGGGAGAUUGAGGAGAACCAGAAGCGCAUAGAGAAGCUGGAAGAGUACAUUGCCACUAGCAAGCAGUCCUUGGAAGAGCAAAAGAAGCUGGAGGGGGAGUUGACUGAGGAAGUAGAGCUGGCCAAGCGCCGGAUUGAUGAGAUCAACAAAGAGCUGAACCAGGUGAUGGAGCAGCUGGGAGAUGCUCGUAUCGACCGGCAGGAGAACAGUCGGCAGCAGCGCAAGGCGGAGAUCAUGGAAAGCAUCAAGCGCCUCUACCCAGGCUCUGUGUAUGGGCGUCUAAUUGACCUCUGCCAGCCCACGCAGAAGAAAUACCAGAUAGCUGUCACCAAGGUGCUGGGCAAGAACAUGGACGCAAUCAUUGUUGACUCAGAGAAGACCGGCCGGGACUGCAUCCAGUACAUCAAGGAGCAACGUGGGGAGCCAGAGACCUUCCUCCCGCUCGACUACCUUGAGGUGAAACCCACAGAUGAAAAACUCCGGGAGCUGAAAGGAGCUAAGCUAGUGAUUGAUGUGAUCCGCUAUGAGCCUCCUCACAUCAAGAAGGCCCUGCAGUAUGCCUGUGGGAAUGCCCUAGUGUGCGACAACGUUGAAGAUGCCCGUCGCAUUGCCUUUGGUGGGCAUCAGCGUCACAAGACUGUUGCACUGGAUGGAACCCUUUUCCAGAAGUCAGGGGUGAUCUCAGGAGGGGCCAGCGACUUGAAAGCCAAGGCCAGGCGUUGGGAUGAAAAGGCUGUGGACAAGCUAAAAGAGAAGAAAGAGCGGUUGACAGAGGAGCUCAAGGAGCAAAUGAAGGCGAAGCGGAAGGAGGCAGAGCUGCGCCAGGUGCAGUCCCAGGCCCACGGCUUGCAAAUGCGCUUGAAAUACUCUCAGAGUGACUUGGAGCAAACCAAGACCCGCCAUCUUGCUCUCAAUCUCCAGGAAAAGUCCAAGCUGGAAAGCGAACUUGCCAACUUUGGACCCCGCAUCAAUGACAUCAAGCGCAUCAUCCAGGGGAGAGAGCGGGAGAUGAAGGAGCUCAAGGAGAAGAUGAACCAGGUGGAAGAUGAAGUAUUUGAGGAGUUCUGUCGAGAAAUUGGGGUGAGGAACAUCAGGGAGUUUGAGGAGGAGAAGGUGAAGCGCCAGAAUGAGAUUGCCAAGAAAAGGCUGGAGUUUGAGAACCAGAAGACCCGCCUGGGCAUCCAGCUGGACUAUGAGAAGAACCAGCUAAAGGAGGAUCAGGACAAAGUGCAUAUGUGGGAGCAGACGGUCAAGAAGGAUGAGGCCGAGAUAGAGAAACUCAAGAAGGAGGAACAGCGGCACAUGAAGAUAAUCGAUGAGACCAUGGCCCAGUUGCAGGACCUGAAGAACCAGCACCUGGCCAAGAAAUCUGAGGUGAAUGACAAGAACCACGAGAUGGAGGAGAUCCGCAAGAAGCUAGGAGGGGCCAACAAGGAAAUGACGCACUUGCAGAAGGAGGUGACCGCCAUUGAAACAAAGCUGGAGCAGAAGCGCAGUGACCGCCACAACUUGCUGCAAGCCUGCAAGAUGCAGGACAUCAAGCUGCCCCUCUCCAAAGGCACUAUGGAUGAUAUCAGCCAGGAGGAGGGUGGCUCCCAAGGUGAGGAGACAGCCAGCAGCUCACAGAGGACUUCUAACAUGUAUGCCCGAGAAGCUCUCAUUGAGAUUGACUAUGGCGACCUCUCUGAGGACCUGAAGGAUGUCCAGGCUGAAGAUGAGAUCAAGCAGGAAAUGAAUCAGUUGCAACAGAAGUUGAAUGAACAGCAGAGUAUCUUACAGCGAAUAGCUGCCCCAAACAUGAAAGCCAUGGAGAAGCUGGAGAGCGUCCGUGAUAAGUUUCAGGAGACAUCCGAUGAAUUUGAAGCUGCCCGGAAGCGUGCCAAGAAAGCGAAGCAAGCUUUUGAGCAGAUCAAAAAAGAGCGCUUCGACCGCUUCAACUCCUGCUUUGAGUCGGUGGCUACCAACAUUGAUGAGAUCUACAAAGCCCUCUCACGAAAUAGCAGCGCCCAGGCCUUCCUAGGCCCUGAGAACCCUGAGGAGCCUUACCUGGAUGGCAUCAACUACAACUGUGUGGCCCCUGGCAAGCGCUUCCGGCCCAUGGACAACCUGUCUGGUGGGGAGAAGACAGUGGCAGCCUUAGCCCUACUCUUUGCUAUCCACAGCUACAAACAACUCCCGUUUUUUGUCUUGGAUGAAAUCGAUGCCGCUUUGGAUAACACCAACAUUGGAAAGGUUGCUAACUACAUCAAGGAGCAGUCCACGUGCAACUUCCAGGCCAUUGUUAUUUCCUUGAAGGAGGAGUUCUACACCAAGGCUGAGAGCCUCAUUGGUGUCUACCCUGAGCAAGGAGAUUGUGUAAUCAGCAAAGUCCUGACCUUCGACCUCACCAAGUAUCCUGAUGCCAACCCAAACCCCAAUGACCAAUAGAAGCAGCAGGAGAUGAGAGAACCUGGACCUGCCGUGCUCCCAGCAUUCCUCCUGAUCCCCACCUUUUCUGUCCUCUGAAGGCCUUAAACUGUCCUUUGCCCCUUAUUUAUCCUACAGUAUUUUUAGUCGGGUGGAGUGGGCUUCAGGGGAAAGGGAAAACCUAAAGGCAUGGAAGAGGGUAGAGGAUGACCUUGGUAUCUGAACUGACAGGUUUCUCCCAAUGAGCCCACUUCUUUCCCAAAUUAGCUAUAGCGCUCUCCCCACUUCUAAGGCAGCAUCUUUAAUUGCUGGGUGGGGAAGAGGAGGAAUGUAGUUCCUCUGAUGUAACUUAAACUGCUCUUUAUAGGACCAAAAUGAUGAUGGUUUUAACAAGGAUUCCUCUUGUGUGAAGCUCUCGCUUAUUCAGGUAGAGCUCCAGAUUUUGCUUUCUUUUUCUACCCUGAUAUCAUGUGUGUGUUUUUGUGUGUGAUUGAAAUUAAAUAUGUUACUUCCA